UUUAGACACCGCUUAAACUUAUUUCUAGUUUCAUGGGCAUUCGGGUGCCCCCAUCAGAUUUUCGGUAUUAUAUUCAUAAGUUCCGUUUAAGUUUUACUAAUUAUAAAGUCAGGUUUAGUUCGAUUCAUUCCGGAUUAGGUUUGGAUCAGAUUAUAACCAAUGUUUGAAAUCGUUCAAAAAUAUAUUUUAAACGCCAAAAUUUGACAAAUUUUUUAAUCAAAAUAUAUAAAUUAUCCACAAAUCUAACUAAAAUUAGUUAAAUUAUCUAAAUUAACUAAAAACUAUUCAAAAUAACAAAUAAAAAACUACAAAAAUAUUUUAAAUACUUUAAAAUAUCUAAUUCACCUUACAUAUAUAAAAACAUUAACAUAUUUAAAUGAUUUCGGAUAUUUUCGGAUCCUAAUUUGGAUUUUGGUUCGGUUCGGGUUAAAACUAAAGUCCAAAGUUUUAAAUUCAUAAGUUUCGUUCAGAUAUUUUUGUAUAACAAUAUGGAUCAAGUUUUGAUUUUUCCGGUUCAAAUUUAGGUAGAUACUUCAGAUUGGGGUAAAAACGUCCAUGCCUAUAGAAUACUAAUUCUUAUCAACUUAAAUACUAGUAUCAAAAGAUCGUAUUAAAAUUAGUUGAGGUUUGUGCACGUGUUAGCGUUGCUAAGAGGUAAGUGGUGGAAAACGACGUAUAUGAAAGUUAGGUGUGAUUGUUAAAAAGUUACAGUAAUUUUAAUUGUUCUCAUGGGGUUAAUCAUUAAUUAUUGUAUUUAGUUGGUAGGGUCUAUGUGUUAGCUCAAUCAUUUUCAUAAACAAAGUCCCCCUACUAUUUUCUUGAUAUAUGCUCCGCUCGUGAACUCGCUCUGACUAAUUGACUCUAUACACUGCAACUCACGAAUCUUUCAAUUUUUAAUCUUUCAUUUCGGAUGAUAUAAUUAACAAUAUUACAUUAUAUGACUUUCACUUUGUAGGCAACAAAGAAAAAAUAAAUCAGUCAGACCUUUGUUUUUAGUUGAACUAUAUGUAUAAUCAUAAUCAGUCUUUAGAAUCAAACAUGUUAACAUGCACAUGCAUGUUUUCUAAUGAUGUAGAAAAUGGUUAUUUAUGUGGUGUCAGAACAUGAUAUUUGUUACUAUAAUCUAAGCCAUGCAUAGCUGACAUGGAGACAAGGACGUAUAAUCUUUUAUAGACCCAUAAUUUAUGACAAUUGAAUAAAAUAAUAUACACAUGCCUAUCCAAGUUUCAUCUACGCUAAUAUAUUUUAUUUUACUGCUGUUUUGCUUCUAGUUUGCCGAAAAGGGACGUCAAGUUAAAUUAUUUUGUUACAUAUUACGGGAGGUUAAUUUUUCAACAUAAUUCUUUUGAAAACAUUUCCCUAUGUUUGGUUGUGAUUAUGCUUAUUAUUUGAGGAGGAUUAGUUUAAACUAUAUGACCUCGUGGUUGUGGGAUCUAUAUCAUCAAAAGAAAAGAAUUAGGUUAUAUUCAAAUUUGAUCACACCUUUUGUAUAAAUGGUUUUUUUUUUGUAAAGUUAUAUUUUAAUGUGUGGGAUGAGCUGGUGUUUCAUAUAUUGGGAAAAGGAUCGGACAAAGCACAUUAAAAAGCUAAAUAAUUGUGGAAUAAAACAAGAUAAAAAGACACAAGGACGAAUUACAAUUUAUAUUAUUAUAAGUUUUUUAUACAAAAUAUACUUUUUAGACAUCCAAUUAAUAUGUUGAUGAAACAUGCUCUUUACCUUUUAAGUAUCAGAUUUACAUAUGGUUUAGGAAAAUAAAUUAGGUAAAUCGUUUUGGCACUUUAUAUAUAAAUACAAACGCAGAAUGAGCUAUAUGACGGCGGCCAACGUGUUGUACAAUAUCUAGCACCUCUUAUGAAAGGAAACAAAUGAACAAGAGCACAAAUAAUGAUACUAGCUAGUUUUAUCGCUGCCAAUUGGUUAGCCUUUUCUUUUACUAUAAGGUAAGAUUCUAAAUGCAUGGGUGGCACCGUCACCAAAUUGAAUAUAUAUGACUCGAGUGGAGUAGUUUUUUUCUUUCUUUUUGGUUUCCUCGUUAUGUUAGAUAUAAAAAUUCAACGUAACAUGUAUGGUUCAAAAUACAAAAAAAAAAGCUUUGUAUUUGUGUUUACAUGUUAUACAUCUCCCUUGACCAAAUUUAUUCUACACCCACUUAUAAUUAAUGCAUACAUAAAUAAUAUAUCACCAAUUGAAACUAUUUCAAUUUUUAUGUUUCAUAAUUCUAUAAUUUACUUGAAAGUGGAUCACGAAGAUGGAAGUAUAUAAUUAGGAAAUUUAAUUUGAUUUUUCAGGUAAAGAAAGACGGACUGUUUUGACAAACAAGUAUAUAUUCAUACCAAAAAAACAAGUAUUAUAUUGCAUGAUUAGCUUUUGUUGGCUAGAUGGCCUUUCAAUUAGAAUGUUGAAAAUUUUCCACUACUUCUCUAUAAAUCGUUUUCGAUUGGUUUUCUUUUCAACUUUUGCAUCAACAUACCGCAUAAAUAUAUAUACUAAUAUUAAAACCCAUAUAUGUGUAUAAUUAUCCACUAAUUGUAUUUUUGGAUCAUAAAGUAAGUUAGGGCAUGCGGCACUGACAAUGAUUAAUCCAUUUAAAUUAUAUUCAUCAAUCCAUUUAAUCAAUGUAAACUAUCUCAUUACUUUUCUUACAUGAAAAGCAUCAAAUCGAAAAGGAAAGAAAAGAAGAUGCAAUAGAAAAGUAACCUUUUUAUUUCAAAACCUCAAAUAUUAAUCAAUGACUCAAUCAUAGCUCAGUUCUUUUAAUGACAGUGUAAAGCUGUAAAAGUAAUCAAACUGAAAGCAAUUACGUUUAAAUAAAUAGAGAAAAUACUCAUAUAAUUUAUUCAGCAAUUUUGGUCACAAACAUUUUCUGUGUAUAACUAGUAAUUCUGAUCCAUCAAGAGUAGAAAAAUAGUGAAACUUAUUACUUCAACGCAAAAUAAUGAACUAAAUGAAUUCAAAUAUGUCUAUUGCUACUCCAGAGAGGUGUAGAAAACUACUAGUAUAAAAAAACCUCUUUUUGUUGUUGAAAAAAAAACACUCUUUCUCAACGCUUUUCACAGAGCUUGUGAGCAGUUAUACAGUAUUUAUCUUUUUGCCACAGCUUUACCAAAACUAAAAUAAAAGAUAUAUUUUCAAAAAUUAUAUAUUGUGGAAAGACCAUUUAAAAAAAAAAACAUGGAAAACAUAUUUGCAGGUAAUGAUAAAAAGGACAUAUUGAUCUUCGCUUGUAAAAUAUAUAUAUAUAUAUAUAUAUAUAAAGAGCAGAAAAAUGCCAUUUUUCUUAGCGGUAGGGUUCCUUUUUAUUUUUUCUGUAUUUUAUUUUAUACUUUGAAUUUCAGGGCUUCAAAUACACAAAGAGAGAGAGGAUGAUAAUAGAGUUUCUCUUGUCCACAAUCUCUCUCACUCUUCUCUCUUUCUACUUCUAGCAUGAACCAGGAAAGUGGAUAGAGGUUGUCUCUUGGGUUGAAGCCAAAGAAGGAAGUUUAUAUAUAUAUAUAUUUAUACACACGAAAAAAUUGAAGAAGGAAGUAAGAUUUUUUUUUUAAUAUACAGGCUCAUUUCUUGUAUGUAUAUGUCUAAUCUUCUCUUUUGUCUCCGUGUUUUUAUCAGUAUAUGUCUAUAUGUGUCCAUAUAUAUAGAUCUGAAUUUUUUUUUUCUAUUUUUUCUUCUCAGUGUUUUAUUGAUGAUGAGCAAAGAUAUCUUACUUCAUCAGCAAGUACAACAACAACAACAAGAGGAGAAUAUGUCGAAUUUAACUUCAGCAUCUGGGGAUCAAACAAGUGUCUCUUCAGGAAACAGAACUGAAGCAAGUGGUUCUAAUUACUUCCCUCAUCAUCAACAACAACAACAACAACAACAACAACAACAACAGUUCUUUGUUCCUGAAUCUCAGCCUCAGAAGAAGAGGAGGAACCAACCAGGAAAUCCAGACCCAGAAUCAGAAGUGAUUGCUUUAUCACCAAAGACACUAAUGGCAAGAAACAGAUUCGUGUGUGAGAUCUGCAACAAAGGAUUCCAAAGAGACCAGAAUCUACAGCUUCACAAGAGAGGUCACAAUCUGCCAUGGAAGCUGAAACAACGAUCCAACAAAGAAGUGAUAAGGAAGAAAGUGUAUGUUUGUCCAGAAGCAAGCUGUGUCCACCAUGACCCAACUCGAGCUCUAGGUGACUUAACCGGAAUCAAGAAGCAUUUCUGUAGAAAGCAUGGAGACAAAAAGUGGAAAUGUGACAAAUGCUCAAAGAAAUAUGCUGUUCAGUCAGAUUGUAAGGCUCAUUCUAAGACUUGUGGCACCAAAGAAUACAGAUGUGACUGUGGCACUAUCUUUUCUAGGAGGGAUAGUUUCACAACUCAUAGAGCAUUUUGUGAAGCAUUGGCAAAAGAGACUGCAAGAGAAGUAGUAAUACCACAAGAACAGAAUCAUCAACCAAACCCUAUUUUAGUUCACCAAUCUACUUUUCAUCAUCAACAUCAUCAUCAAGCACAACCAAACAUGAACUUCUCUUCCUCGUCUCCCUCUUCCCACAACAUCAUCAAUACCCUUCACUUCGAGAUCAACAACAAUGGUACUAACAAUAGUAACACUAGUAGUAACCAUCUCCAUACAUUUUCAGUGAAGAAAGAGCAACAACAAAGCAAUGAUCAUAUCAUCAAUUACCACCAUCAAAACAUCCCUCCUUGGCUUGCGCCUCAAGAUCUCACAUUUUCAAACCCUAACCCUAAUAAUGGGGGAGGAGGUUUGUUCUCUCUUGCAGCUUCUCCAGCCAUGUCAGCCACCGCAUUGCUCCAGAAAGCAGCCCAAAUGGGUUCCAAAAAGACACCUCCUCUACCACCAACCACUGACUUCGAAAGGUCAGCUCAUCAUAACACCCUCACCACGACAAUGGCGGCAAUGAUGACGUCACCUUCUGGAUACAUCAGCUCCAACAACAACAAUCAAGUUUUGUUUCAAGGUUACAAUGCCUCCGAUUUUGAUCACCACGGUGGAGAAGAAGCCUUCGACGACACGUUCAGCGCGUUCUUGAGGACAAAUGCUGAUACUACAACCGCAGGAUCAGACAAGAAGAAAAGCGGUGGAGGAGGUGGAGUAGGAGAAGGUUUGACUAGAGACUUCUUGGGGAUAAGACCGUUAAUGUCUCAUAACGAGAUUCUAAGUAUUGCCGGUCUCGGGAAUUGCAUCAGUGGUGCUGCUUCUAAUCAGCUUCAUCCAAAGCCUUGGCAGGGCACACAAGUGGGAUCAACAAAAGAUAGGGACGCAUCACGUUUUGCUUGGUGGCAUGUAUAAAUCUCAUGUACAUCAUCAGUAGAUGUCACACAUGGUCUGCCACAACUUUGUAAUAUGCUAGUGUUGGUUUCACAUUAAGACAUUCAUUAAAUUGAUGAUUAAUUUAGUUUUCACUUCGCAGCUCUUUCUCAAUUAAUAUUGAAAAUUAUGCA